AUGCCUGAGAGCCACUGCCAGUCACUCCAGAGCUGCUGCAAUGCCCCACCACUCUCUGCCAUUGUACAUGGCUCUAAUCUUAUAAACUUUGAAGAUGGUUUUUGUUUGCCCAGCAGCUGCCACAACAGAACCUGGCUCUUGGACAGCUCUCAAGAAACCUGCAGUGAAGCCACCAGCUACCAAGUGACCAAUUGUGAACAGGACCAGUUCAGAGAGGAUACCUGUGCACAGAGCACCUGCCACUCCUCAAUUGUCCAAACAACGUGUUCCAAUUCCAAGCCCUGUGAAAGGACAACAUGCCCACCAGGAAGUUGUGCAGCAGUGCCGGAGAGUGCUUCUCAGACUUGCCAGCCAGCAAGCAAUCGGCACAGAGCUUCUGUAGCCCAGAGAUGCCAACCUGCAAGCUACAUGUUGCAGUAUUGUCCACUAAAGUCUUCUGUGUCUAGGUGUCACCAAACUCUGGAAUAUGAAUCUAGCCAAUGCCAAUCUCAGACCCUUACAUACAAUUCCUGUAGCCCUCUGGUCCAUGCUGCACCUGGGCCACAACUUCUGGAAUCUUCUAGCACUUAUGAGCCAACUUGCUGUGUUACUGGUGGUUUGCAAUUGCCUAGUAAGUGA